AUGAAGCCCCUAUCAACCGCUGUUAUGUUAAACAAACGGAUUCUAAUAACGGCAGCGAAUUACCUAGAGCCUUAUAUGAAUAGACAGAUGGACCUUCGCAUCUGGGCUUUGGGCCGAGCCGGUCUACACACGACCCCCUACAGAUACAGAGUGUGGCGGAUCUGGCGGUUGUUCCCGAAGAGCAACAACCCCGAGCAUUUACACGGACCAAGGGGCGAACACUGCCCGAGGCACGAUGUUUCCCUCAUCAUUUCGAGAGACCCGAUUUACAUUUACUAUGUAUACCCAUAUUCAUGGCAGUACCCACACCGCGCGUGGCUUAUCGACCCGCACACGCCCAUCGUGGGCACGGAGACGGAGGACCAGGACAACUUGCUGUUCGUCGGCUCCGGUUUCGAAUAUUUGGAGCACGUCAGGGAGAAUUACAAGAUAUAUUUCGCUCUACCGAAGGUGGAGCACAUCGUCGACUGCUCCAAGUACCUGCCUAAGCACUGGGGCAAAUUCAUAUGUUUCCGGAACGUGCACCAUUAUUCUGGCGUUCAAAAUGGGGGGGGGCUGUUCCUUGGGAAACACGUGAUUGGGAUCGGUAGCUUCGAGAUUCGUGUUAACGAAGACCGCAUUCUGGUUUUCACAGACUUGAGAUACUACACGAACAUUAUAAGGAAAUACGCAAGUAUACAUCCGGGACAAUAUUACGAGUAUGCCCACUCAGAAUGGUUUGCGUAUCAGUCCUAUUUUAUUUUGGGAUGGGACAGACAGAAUUCAUUGAAACGCCUUCCCAUACAUUAUGCCGAUGGUAAAAACGUUGGCAACGUUUACACCCUUGGAUAG